CCAGCCUUGUGCCAGUGUGCGCCCAGGGAGCGGACAUGGUGAGCAGGCCCUCGGGGUCCCCGGGGCAGAAGACGGCCUGGCCGAGCUGAGAGGGUCCCCCAAAAGCUUGGAAGCCUCGCAGGCUAUUAGAAGUGGCCUGUAGUCAGUGGUGCAGGACACAGUGGGAGGCUGGCCCCACACUGCUCCUUCGCUCGCUGGCUGCUCUGCAACGGCAGUCUGUUCCGGUACAUACACCCGUCAGAGGAGGAACUGCGGGCGCUGGCAGGGAAACUGAGGCCCCGGGGCAGGAAGGAGCGGUGAGUGGCCCCCACUUUGACCCCAUGGGGCUCAGGCAGGGGUAUGCCCUCCUGUCCAGGCCUACCCUUCCCUCCCACUUACGGCACUGCUGGGAAUGGUGGCAGCAGUCAGCAUCUUGUAUUCCUGGCCACUUGCUCUGGGCUGGCCCUAUGUCUAGGUUGCUGCCCUCACACCUGAUGUGGCUGAAGGUCUUGCCCAAGCUUUCUAGGAGAUCCAGAGAUGGCUACAGACCUCAGCUCUCACUGUCCCUGUGUGCUCAGGUGGGCAAAUGGUCUUCAUGAUGAGAAGCCAUUGUCAGUGCCUCGAGAUGCCCAUUUCCAGCUGGAGACCUGUCCCCUCACUGCUGUGGAUGCCCUAGUCCUGCGCUUCUUUCUGGAAUACCAGUGGUUCGUUGACUUUGCUGUGUACUCCGUCGGUGUGUACCUCUUCACAGAAGCCUACUAUUUUGUGCUGGGCCCAGUCCAGGAGACCAACAUCGCUGUGUUCUGGUGCCUGCUCACUUUGGCCUUCUCUCUGAAGGUGCUCCUCAUGGUGACCCGGCCGUACUUCAGCACCAAGGAGGGCGGUGAGCGCUCAGUGUGUCUCUCCUUUGCCUUCCUCUUCCUCCUCUUGGCUAUGCUGGUGCAGGUGGUGCGAGAGGACACCCUGGAGCUGGGCCUGGAGCCGGGCCUGGCCAGCAUGACCCAGCACCUGGAACCUGUUCUGAAGAAGCAAGAUUGGGACUGGACACUCCCUGUGAUCAAAUUGGCCAUCCGCCUUGGGCUGGCGGUGCUAGGUUCGCUGCUGGGCGCCUUCCUCAUUUUCCCUGGACUGAGGCUGGCCCAGACCCACCAGGACGCGCUGACCCUGUCUGCGGACCGACCACUGCUACAGCUCCUCCUGCAUACCAGCUUCCUGUCGCCCCUGUGCAUCUUGUGGCUCUGGAUGAAGCCUGUCGCCCGGGACUUCCUGUACCAGCCACCCACAAGGAACAUGACCUUCUCUGUACCGUCAGAAGGGGUUUUCGACUCUCUGCGCCUCUGGGUGCUGGUGGCGCUGUGCCUGUUGCGGCUGGCAGUGACUCGGCCACACCUGCAGGCCUACCUGUGCCUGGCCAAGGCUCGAGUGGAGCAGCUGCGCAAGGAGGCUGGCCGUAUUGAGGCCCGCGAAAUCCAGCAGCGGGUGGUCCGGGUCUACUGCUAUGUGACCGUGGUGAGCCUGCAGUACCUGACGCCGCUCAUUCUCACUCUACACUGCACACUGCUGCUUAAGACCCUGGGCGGCUACUCAUGGGCCCUGAGCUCUACUCCUCCCCCGCUGGCCCCAUCCCAGCCCUCAGAGGUUUUGAUCCCUGUAGACCCUGCAGGAGAUGAAGCCCAGCAGACUGUGUCCCAGGUCGCAGGGAUCCUGGGUGGCCUGCUCACGCCCCUCUUCCUCCGAGGCGUGCUGGCCUACAUCAUCUGGUGGACCGCUGCCUGCCAGCUGCUCUCCAGCCUCUUCGGCCUCUACUUCCACCAGCACCUGACAGCCUCUUAGCACGAAGGCACGAGGCUCUGGCAUCUGAGUCCUGCCCAUCAGGACCAGGACCGUCCCCUGUGUGUGUGCCUCGGUGCCCCUAGAUAACCCAAGUUGGUGUGGGGAUUCCCUACCAUCUCUCUCACCUCAGUGCCUAGAUCAUGAACCCCUUGAAGCAGUCUCCUCUGGGCCAUGGUCCCCAAGUGUGUGUGUGGGGGGGGGGCACUUUUUACAAAUAUCCCAGAGACUGGGGGGAUGAGCAGCGGAGACCUGGAUAGUGAGAGGGGCCUGGGAGAGAUUGGUACUAGGAAGGAGUGGAAAUCUGGAGGUCAGAGGUGGCUAGGAGAGAGCUAGGGGUGGGACUCUGGCUCAGCAUCCACAUAGCCCUGGCGUCUGUCACUAUCACCAGGAGGGAGAGACAAGAGUCUCCAUGCUUGUCUCCCCAGCACACUUGGGAAGUUGAGGCAGGAGGGUUAGCCUAGACUAGUAACAAGACUGUCUGUAGAACAAGAAAAAAAAAAAAAGGGAAGGUGUGAGAGGGGAGAGACUGUCACCAUCCUCCAAAGCUGUGAGGAUGGCUGCUGUAUUUUGAGGCCUUGGUGAGUAAGGGUCACCUCCAAACUCCAAAGUCGUCCUUUUGCUAUGACUUUUUUUUUGGGGGGGGGGGGUUGAUUGCUAUGACUUAGUGUGUGUACAUGUGUAUUUAUGAGCUAUGCAUGACCCUCCUACAUAUGUAAAAUGUGUAUUGAGAAUAAAAAAAGGAGGGCUCUUGCAAUGCUGCCUUGCUGUUGCCGGUGUGGUCUGGCCCAGCCAUGUUCAAGAGCUGGUGCUCAGUUAUUGCCUUGAGCCUCGGUGUCUCAUUCUGG